UCUUGCAUGAAAAUAGAAGCGGUAGUUCCCAUUCUGACCCUGGCAGCCUCUGCCUCCUAUAAAUACUCUGCUCCUCUUCCCCAACUCUCCACGACUACGUCUAUCCUCUGAGCUCCUGUCAUUUUAAGUCUUCGUAGAGAACGAGUGUGCUCAAGGAUGUACUACCAGGCGGCGGCGGCAGCGGAGGCGUGGGGUUACGUGGCUGGGAUGGGGCCGACGACGACGAUGGACGCGCUGGAGCGGGUGGAGCGGCUGGCGGCGGAGAGCGCGGUGGUGAUCUUCAGCGUGAGCACCUGCUGCAUGUGCCACGCCCUGAAGCGGCUCUUCUGUGGCAUGGGGGUGAGCCCGUCGGUGGUGGAGCUGGACGAGGACCCGCGCGGGCGGGAGAUGGAGCGCGCCCUCGCCCGCCUCCUCGGCGGUGGUGCAGCCGGCGGCCCCGCCGUACCCGUGGUAUUCAUCGGCGGGAAGCUGGUUGGGGCCAUGGACCGGGUCAUGGCCGCCCACAUAAGCGGCGCCCUCGUCCCCCUCCUCAAACAAGCCGGCGCUCUCUGGCUCUGAAGCAUGCGCAUGGCAAACCCACCGUAUCUAAUAUGAGAGAGAGAGAGAGAGAGAGAGGUUGGUUUUUGGGGUCCUCCAUUUUGGUGCAGUUCUUAAUGGGAUGCAUGGUGGUGACGAAGAAAGGAGUGCAACUUUGGUUGAGGAUGGAAGAUUACAUGUACAGAAAGAUCUUAAAGGCUAAGCCAGAAAGCCGAGAGAAGAUUGCUGGUUUGGUUUUUCUUAGGAG